GGUGUGGCUCUGGACAGAAAAACUCUUUCAAAGCACUAUUCCUCUUCUGUCUUCACUCUCACUCUUUCUUCAGCAGUGUGGGAAACAUUUUGAGCUGACUUAGUGUGUCAAGCAUAAAAAAAAUGGCUGGGAGAGGAACCAUUAAGGCUCAGAGCGGAUUCAACGCCAAGGCUGAUGCUGAGACUCUGUACAAGGCUAUGAAAGGAUUUGGUACUGAUGAAGCAACCAUUCUGCAGCUGCUAACAGCUCGUAGUAACGCUCAGCGGCAGCAGAUCAAGGCCGCCUACAAGACCCUGCAUGGCAAGGAUUUGGUGAGUGACCUGCAGUCGGAGCUGACAGGGACAUUUGAGACCUUGAUCGUGGCUCUACUGGACACGUCUACAAUGUAUGAUGUGAAGUGUCUGAAGAAUGCCGUUCAGGGUGCAGGAACAUGUGAAAAUGUUUUGAUUCGUAUCCUGGGUUCAAGAACUUGCCAUGAGAUUCACGAGAUCAAUAAGGCCUACAAGGAGGAGUAUGGUAACAGCCUGGAGGAUGAUGUGACUGGUGACACUGGUGGAGCCUUCAGGCAGAUGCUGGUCGUUUUGCUGCAGGCAAGCAGAGAGCGGGGUGUACAAGAGGCCAUCGUACAAAGCGAUGCCCAGGCCCUCUUUGAAGCAGGAGAAAAGAAGUUUGGUACAGAUGAAGAAAAAUUUAUCACUAUUUUGGGGAACCGCAGUGCUGAACAUCUUAGGAAAGUGUUUACUGAGUAUAUGAAACUGGCUGGAUUUCAGAUUGAAGAGAGUAUUUCGAGAGAAACCUCUGGAACCCUGAAAGAAUUGCUGCUGGCUGUGGUAAAGAGUGCCAGAAGUGUUCCUGCUUAUUUAGCGGAGUGUCUGUAUUAUGCAAUGAAGCCAUCUCCACAGGGCACAGGAACGGACGAUAAAGCGCUGAUCGAGAUCAUGGUGUCGCGCAGUGAAAUCGACCUGCUGGAUAUACGUGCGGAGUUCAGAAAGAUGUUUGCCACUUCUCUGUACAAAAUGAUUCAGGGUGAUACCUCUGGUGAUUAUCGUAAAACUCUGCUUUUGUUGUGUGGCGGUGAUGAUUAACACUGCUGCUGGACCUACAAACAUGAAUUGCAAUUCAAUAUUCACACUUAAUAAAUAUUUUUUUGGCAAUUUGUUCUUUAUACAUGUUACUAAUAGCAAUGCUUAGUAACUCGUUAUUGAUAAUCCACAAUAAUGAAAGCAAUUUUAAUAUCAGGCGGGCUUUUUGGGGGGGGGGGUGCUAUAGGAUGCUUGUAAUUGUGUAGUGGUCCAAAAUUUGUGAAAGAAAGUAAAGGGGGGGAAGCAGGUUGUUUUUGUAAUGGUGCUGCAAAAUCAAAGUCUCAGUGAAGUGGAUAAUAUUGCUAUCUGAUUUCUUAUACUGUUUAAACACAAAUAAAUAAACCUUAUGGGCAUUUUAUAAAAA